AUGCGUCCAAUAAUAACGGCAAGGUUAACAGCAGCACAAAAAUCAAAAGUUACCUUUACAUUAUUCUCAAGUGUUGCCUUAUUUGCAGUAUUUACCGUUGCAGCUCCAGCUUUCUUACCUUGUCCAGCAUUUGAUGAAAGUCAACGUAAAGCAUUAUUAGAACAGCGUCGUAAAGCUAAAUUAAUUGGAAGAAAAGAAGUUGUUAUUGAACCUAGAAAGCAACAACAGAAUAAUCAUAUCAUAAAAGUAAAGAAUGAUUUUUUUAUUAUGUAUAUGUUGACAGAAAGUAUUUAG